AUGUCCAAGAAGAGCUCGCACAGCACGACAGAGAGCCCCGUGUCCCCGGUUUUCACGUCGCCGUUCCAAACACGAUCCAACGACAAUCCGGAUUACUCCCCUCGACCAGGAAGCGGCAGCCGCGGCCUUCAGCACAAAAGCUCCACGGCCACCCAUUCCACCGGGCCCCUGGAUCGCGCAACCACCUUCAGCUCGGGCUCCCCAAGCCUACGAUCGAAACGAAGCGAUAUUUCAUCCCCUUCUAGCAACAACCAUCCGUCUCAAAAGGUGCAGUAUGCCAUUCCUGAACAGCACUAUACAACCAUUAGGCCCGGCGAUAUUGUAUCGUCGGGUCCCAAUGGAGAGUACCAGGGUCAGUUCAUCGAAGGAUGGACCUCGGCCCAGGGAAGGUCAUCCAUGAUGAGCUCACCCUCCCGAGGCAGGGAUAGCAUAAGCUCACACAGCCGGCAGCUUUCUAUCCUCGAUGAAGGGUCUCCUCCUUGCCCUGGGGAGACCAUUUUGGACAGAGCCUUUCAGCUGGGACACAUCCCUGGCGCCGGUUCGUAUGUUCCCGGACAGGAAAAGCUCAGCUCCAUUGCGAGGUUUGAUGCCCUAAUGCGCGAUGCCGAGGAGAAGCGGCGAAAGCGGGACACGAUCCAACAGGCCCAACAAACAACCAUGACAAGUGCGUUUGAUCAUGACGAUUCCUCAGAUGACAAUGGGGCAGACCCUGCCUCGGACGAUUCCGACUCUGAACGCGAUGGCUACUCCCAGAGACGGAACCAGAACGAGCAACAUGGCGCACUACUCAUGUCGCCAUCUGCCCAGCGGGCCUUGGCGUACAUUGCAGGCCGUCACGACGGCGGUACUCUGAAGAACCCAAAGUCUCAUCGCCCGGGUAUGUCGAGGAACAACCUUAGUUUUCAUGCAGAUUCCGCUCCCACAUCCACUAUAAUCGCGCCACCCUCGCGUCCACACACCGCCCACGCCAAGAGUAGGCCCAAAGCCUCCCGAGCACAAACCACGCCUCAUCUGAUAGCCACAGCCACGGCAGCACCGGAUUUACCCUCGAUGACGUCCGGCAAGGCCCAGCAGGACAGCGGACACCAUCGUUCCAGCACAACUGCGGAAAAGCGACACUCCAACUCGAGUGCCAAAAGGUUGAGUUUCACCGAGUUUGCCAAGAGGUUAUCUAGCACCAGCAGCUUACUGCUCGUCCAGACGAACGCAAGUGGAGGGAGCAGCCGUGCCAGCAGCGAGGUCGACGCCCAGCCGUGCUCGUCCGCGCCGCGCACCAACCUGACUCUCCGCGGGACAGGACCUCUGCCACCACGGCCCCGGGACCGCGAGGACCAAGAUAGACGGUGCGCAUGGCGAAGCAGCGUUGGCAUGGUAGGCACCGAAGGAGGCUUUGUAUAG